UAAUUAAAAGAUAUGGAGAAGAAAGUUGAAGUUCUUUGAGAAGAGCAAAUGCAAUGGCAAUUAUCACUGCUCAAAGCAACUCAUCAAGAGUUUCAUCAGAUAUUCUAUGAAGACAUCAGGCUGCCCAUUUACUCUAAUUACCCCAAUUCUAAGUUUAUAAAGAAAAUGAUUGAUCUAGGCCUGCCAAAAUCAUUGGGAGCCAUCACUUUGAAUGUUCCGUCAGAAAGCAUGAAGGAUUUUUGCAAGUUAUUUACCAAGCCUUUUAUUUCACAAGUGGAGGUAGGCAAUAUAAUAGGAAACCUGAAGACUGUUAACGUCCAAAACAAAUUUCUACCUCUUCUCAGCAGAUUCUCAUCUAUGGUUACUAAGAGAAUAACAUUUUCAAUGUUUAAUAUCAAUGAAAAACAGCUCAAAAGAAUUUUCUCAGCUGCAAGAAGAACUCCUUCCAUUGAAUUUGACAGCUGAACAAUGGUGUUCACAAGUUCUUCUGACUUUACAAGAUGCUUCACAAGGACAAAGAUUCAAAAACUCAGCUUUAUAUGAUGAGGACCAGCCUCUGAUAAAAGAUGGUGAUAUUUCCCAGAGCAGUUUGAGUAUCUCAUAUGUGGUCUGUCGACUGAAGACCUUCAAAAUAGUUUACAAACUCUUGUGGUUAAAGGCUCAGAAUUUGACAAAGCAUAUCCUCUGAGAGUCCUCCUAAAAUACAAGUUCGAUUCCACAAAUUUUGAAGGUGACUUCUAUUAUUCUCUCUCAGAUUCCGACGAAGGCUUACCCAUAUCUGAUGACUCUGAAUAUUAAUUGGUGCUUAAAUUUCAAUAGAGCUUCCUUGUUCAUAUCGACUCUAUCCUAAAUCUACCUUAACUUUGUUUAACACAUAAUAUAAAAAUGAUUACCAUAUGAAAUGGCUGGAUAUUAUUAUGCAUUUUUACAAGGCGAUUUGGAGCUCCUCCUAGUGCCCUCACGGCACUAAGAUACUUGCUUUGUACAAUUGCAUGGUUAUAGGUAUAAUAAAUUAUCGAAUAAGUUAAUGCCCAGAAUAUAAUGAAACUUAGCAGGUUGAGUCAACGAUAUAAUGAUAAAAUAGUUCUUUUGACCAUCAAAUUGGAAGAACAAGGCAAGCAUGAUGCGUCAUUGCUUUGUAUAGGCUUUAAUUUGCAUGGGAAACCGGCUUUACCAGAACUAGACGUCUUUGAAAUAUGAAGAGUUUCAAGACAACUUUGAUCUAUAAGAAUAUUUUCCUAUUUUGUAUAUUUUAUUAUAGGCAAUAAAGGAUAUGCCUCAGAUCGAAUCAAUCUUAAUAAUGUUUGAGCUUUCUUAAAAAAGGUCUCAUUAUAACUUCCUUUGUGAUAUCCUUAAAUGAGAUUUUAAACGAAAAACAAAGACAAAAGCUUUAUCAAGCUUCUCAUACUGAUGUUCUUUAUUAGGCCAAUAUAAUUGGCUCAUAGAUAUUAAUUUAAAGUAUUCACUAGCGUAGAUGAGUUUAAUGGGAUAACUAUUCAAUAAGUCAUCCCUGUUUAGCAAUGAUAUAGCCAACAGGAAAAUUCUUCAUUGUUGUAUUCAAAGCUAGGCCAUGUUAUAUGCAUUUACAAACCUUGGCCUUGAGUAUAUAAAUUACAGAUCCUCUAAGUUUAAAGUCUUUAUUUAUCUUUCCUCAUUUAAUAGAAUAAUAUAGAAUCAUAAUGAUGCAUUUGACCAAACAUAGGCUUCUCCAACCUCUGUUUGGUAAAAGUAUUAAUAUAAUUGAAUUCCCAACAUCAAUGCAGGAGAAUCAAUCUAAGAUUGAGGAUGAAAGACUUUCAUGGCAAAAGGAACUUCUACGAGAAACCAUUCUGGACCAUGUCAAGGUUCCUCGUGAUGAACUCAGCCUAGCAAUAAUUCAAGCAUAUGAUCGCUUAAAUCUGAUGAAAAUAGUCUCCCGGCUAAAUCUGAUAGGGCUCUGAGGAGGCAUUUAUUUAGAUGCACCUCGUAAAAGCAUAAAAGAUGUAGCGAGAGUCUUGAAGAAAGCGUCAAAUUCUAAGCCAAGUACACUCUGAAUAGCCUGAGAUUGAAGGUAUCUGUGUAGCCCACAGAAAUUGCUCCUUUGUUGAGUAAAUGUGCUCCUAGGAUAACACAGCAGGUGAUUCUAUCACUUCUAGAUUUCAAUGAAAAGCAGCUGAAAAGGAUAUUUUCAGCUGUAAGGAGCAUCCCAAAUGUACAGUUCAGCUACUGUAGGAUAUAUCUCUUAAGCCCUUAAGACUUUACAAGAUGUUUCACAAGUUGUAAGAUCCGAAAACUAGAACUUUAUCGCUGAGAAUCAAUCACUGAUAAAGGUUGGGGAGACUACCCUGAACAAUUUGCGUACCUAAUAUGUUGACUCUCUACUCCCGAAUUCAUCAGUAGCUUGCGUACAUUUGUGGUGCGUAGGUCUAACCUUGCUGAAGAAGAUUUUAUGACUACCAUCAACAGGUACGGGUUUGGCCAAGUGGUGUUUGAAGGUGACUUUGAUAUCUACCCUAAAUGU